CCAAUACAGCUUAAUCCUUUGACAUUAGAAGAUAAAAUGUUAUUUGUUAAUAUUUUUUUGUAAAUAUUUGUUAAAUGGGCAAUUGUAGAAUGUGAUCAAAAUGGGCGGCUGCAUCGGAAUAACUAGGAGCAGAAGCGGGCCCGUGGGCGAGGAGUCUUCGGGGACUGUGUCGCGGCCUAAUUCCGGUGGUUUAAGGAAGAACCAGUCGCUGUGCCAUGAGACGAUCAGGUGGAAAUCGGACGUGCCGCUCACGGAGGGCCAGUUGCGGAGUAAGCGGGACGAGUUUUGGGACACGGCGCCCGCGUUUGAGGGUCGGAAGGAGAUAUGGGAUGCGCUGCGAGCUGCCGCUGUGGCGGCUGAGGCUAUGGACUUCCAGCUGGCGCAGGCGAUCCUUGACGGCGCUAGUGUGUCCGUGCCUAAUGGGUAUCUCACAGAGUGCUAUGAUGAGUGGGGAACUAGAUAUCAGGUCCCUAUAUACUGCCUGUCUCCCCCCAUCAACAUGGUGAAGGAGGCGAGCGGGCGCGACUCACCCGCCGAAUGGUCUGAGCCAGUGGAGGGCGGCGCGGAGGUGGCCUUACGCUUACGUCUCUCGCACACAUGUCGCGACGUGACGCUCGCAGCCACCGCCAGGCACAGCAUAGCGCAAUGCAAGAACAAACUACACGCUCAAGAGGACAUAGAGCCCUGGCGCCAGCGCUGGUUCUACGGCGGCAAGCUGCUCGGGGACCGGCUCCUCAUCGAGGAGGCCAAGGUGACCCCCGGCUACGUCGUGCAGGUCAUCGUCAGCACCGAGCCGCAGCCGCCGAGCUAGGUCUACACAUCCUCCCUAGCUCUCCUGGGUCAACUUCUCUACUUAAGGUAGGGCUCGAACGGUAGUAAAUGUAGGGAGACUCAAAUGGAAUUUAUCGAUUUCAAAAUCACCCUGUAUAAGAAACACACUAAUUUUGAAAACCAGCUUUACUCUCAAAUUACAACUUUACUUAGCUGCCACUUAUCCGUAGCUGACCGCGAUAACUUUUUACCGACGGUAGUAUACAUCAAUACCCUAGUUCACAAUCGUACUAAUUACGCGAAAAAUUUGCUUGUAAUAACAACUCUAUGUUUUCGAAUUUAAACUGUUGUGAGACAUACUAACAUUAAAUCAUUUUACGGUUUACGCAAUACACGGUCGUCGUGAACGCUGCUCGCACUAUUAGUGCUUGAGAAAGGAGACCUAGGCUCUCCGAAACAUGUCGCGCGAGUGACUAAAACAAGUGAGUCUAAACCGUAAAAUGAUUUAACUAUGUUUGUGCACUAUGGUACUAAUUACGACAAAUUUUUCUUCGUACGAUUGUGAACUAGGGUAUCGAUAUGUAGACCUUAUGUUGCGAAUGGUCGGUUUAGUGUGUUGAAAUUGGUAAAUGUUAUUGUAUAUUUUACGAAAAUAUCUAGCAUAGUUUUAAACAACUGCGAUAGCUUAAUAUGCUUAAUAUUUUCAUAAAAUGUACCACCAUCUAUACAUAAUAAGAUGUUAAAAUAAAAUAUCUCAAAUCUUAUGUGAUAUGUAUAAGAUUAUCAAAAGAGCUUAAAUAGUCGAACUGCGAAUAAUACAAAUCCUAGAGUUUUGUUGAUGGCUUUUCGAAAGUACAGCGUAUAAAAAUGCAAAUUGAUUUUACCCUUAGGGGGUUGUUACAAUUUGGUGCCCAUGCCCAGGAUACAAGGAACUUUAAUGUUGAUAUUACAAGCUAGUUUAGAUGCUAUGCGUUUAAAAAUCAUUGCAAAUGAAUGCGUAUAUAUUAACCAAUAAUUAUGAAUAACUUUUGAAUUCGAUUUGAAAACCUAUACUGAAUUACUGAUAUUACAAAUCCGAAAGCCCUUUUUUUACCUUCUUCACGGUUAUCGAUAUGUCGUUUGGCAUUUAAAAAAGAAAGGUUAAGUCCUAUGGAUGAAUAUAGAUGCUUUAGAAAACUAGUGGUUUUUAAACGCAUGCGCCAACCGUGUAAAAUUAAAAUUUUGUGUAAAAACAAAUAUGUAAGAUUGGUAAAACUAAUAAAUUGAAAAUUGGCUGGCCAUAAAUGUUCAAUAAUUCUGGCUACUGUGACUUCACUGUUUGUAAGCCCUGCGUCAACUUUCAGUUCUAGGGCGCUAUUUAAAUGUUUUCACUGUCAAAUUUUGAGCCAUCUUACUAAUGUUACCAUUUGACAAUUUUUUUCUGAUCAUUUUUUUAAAAGAUGUCUUAAAUUUGGCCGUGUGAAACCGAAGUGCAAUACACUUUAAAUUUUUGCACAUAUAUAUUAUAUCGAGGGAACGAAACAGUUUCGAUUCCUGCCUAUUUCGUGAGCUAAUUAGGCUAGACUAAAAAGCUUAUAUAAAAAAUCACGAUACUAUAUAUAUCACAAUACUUUGCCUAUACAAUUGUUCAUAAACCUUGUAAAUAAAUAGUACGUUGACAGUAUAUAUAAUGUGUAAUUUAUGGCAAUUGUUAAGGUAAAUAUUGUGAUUUUUAGACUUAUGAAAAAUUUCUUUUGGAGCUCAAAACAAACUACAGGAUGUAGUGCAUAAUUGUUUUUCUUCGUUUAUUCUCGGAAACGUUCGUAUUUGUCAUGCUACUUCAAACAACCUCAGUACUUUUUGUACCGAGGCUGACUGAAAUAGCAAGACACGUUAAUACGUUUCCGUGAAAAUACGAAGGAAAAUAAUUAUGCAUUUAUAGAACACGCCAAUCGAAAAUCGAAACUUAAAUAAUGUAUGUAAAUUAUCACGUGAUUUUUUCUUCGUAUUCUGUUAUCCCGAUACAUUUUUCUUCAUUGGCGUUUGUCGAAGAACGAUUGUGAUCAUGUUGACGGCCCCAGAUGGUUGUUUUUCACCUUAUUUCAAAGCUUUAUGAGCUAUUGUCAAAUGGCAAUUUACUUUGUAAUGGUAUGAGGUGAAUUCUUGGCUAAAGUUGGGAUACUAGUCUAUUUCGUUAUCGGACCAACAAAUUCAAGUCUUAUGUAAAGCUUAUACAGACUGGUUGUAUUAUGUCUAGAUUGUCUAAUUUCUAGCCAUACUCUAAUAUGUAGGUCAAACUAAAUAACUUCUACUAUGGGACCAACUUCGAAAACGUGGAAAAAAUCAGCCCGAAAACGCGGAAAAAAUUAGCUGUUUCAUAUGUGCAUAUUUAAAAAAAAAAACAGAAGUUUCGCGAUUUCGGGGCAAUGCCCAUAGUAAAAAUUGUUCAAUACCUGACCUACAUAUUUACCUCUCGAGAGUAUUGUCAGUUCAGUAAAGACAUUUUACUGAUUUGGUUUUUUAAUCAAAAUAGCUAGUAUUUCCUAAUUCUGUAAAAUCCUUUGACGAAAAGGGAUUAUUACGUAUGUAUGUAAAUACAAAAUGUGACUGUCCAAGGCAAAAGGGCCCCUUGGGUUCUUUUGCAUUGGAACGUUACAAGUAUGUUGAUAAUAAUGUAUGUCUUUCGUUGUGGAUGAAUGUCACCAGAGGCCUGGAUGUUGGUUGGUAUAGAACAUUUAUUAAUUUAAAUUGUGCCUAGAGUUUAGUCAGAUUAAAUAUUAGGUCUUUAAAAUUGAUAAAUGCUGUUCACGAGCGAUUCGGGCAAGACGAGUUGAGAGGACAAGGACAUGAUUUGCAAUGACAAAGUGUGGCUAUGUCAUCAUUAAUGUCACAUUUCUAUGAACAUAUGCCGUUUAUAAGGACACUACCUCACUUUGUUAUGUUCAUGCCGGUGCAUAGUAA